GCGUUUACUGGUUGGCUAGGCGCUGCGGGCAUCCAGCAUGUCCAACGAACACUGUGGUUUCUGCGGUCUAUAGGUUUUGGUUCCUGCAGCGCAGCCCAACAGCAGCCAGGCGACUUGUCAGGCUUUCCAGCUCUUCAGAGAUGCAAAUGUGGUCCGCGACUCCGAUAGGCCUCCACUGCUAUGCUCCCUCUCUACCUGCCACCCUAAGUACUUACGGAUGGCCGGUCCAACAGCAUGACACUAGACGAAACAGACUCUCGUAUCAUAAGACCAUGAUGCAACACCAGGCAGGCGCCCAUUUAAAAAGAAAUAGACCAACGCAAACGGUAGCAAACGGCUGCCGGCGGUCGACCCUGAUCGAGUUUAUUCGGGGCUUGUUCUUGUUCAAGGCUUCAGAGUCAUCACUGAUCCUCUCAGCAACGUGUCUUGCUUACACGACCUACGUACCUUGGUAUCUAUCUGUUCAAGCUCUGCCAGGCACAGUACUCCUAACUCCGACAUUGUAUACUGUUUUCUUUCUUCCUCCCUUUUUUCCUUUUCUCCAUUUCAUCCCGGUCUGGUUAUCCGCUCGCAUAGCUGCCGUCUUGUUUUGUCCCAUGUCCGGCUGACGGAACUUCCGUGAUGAUUCCGUUACCACCGAGGCUUGCUAAUCAUGCUUGCCACCAGGUCGGCGUCGGUCGUUGUUUACCCAGUGCUAUAUUGGGACUGUUGCAUUUUCCCUCCGACCCGUGCAGGACCCUUGCCAAAUUCCAUCGUCGCAACAUGCCAUUCUUCUCUCGCCAUCCCUCUCCAACCCCAUCCGCGCGUCG